AUGAGACAAAUGGAGCUGGAAAAAAUAUCAGAAAAGCUGCAAGCAGCAACCUUUGGAUUUGAGCACAUCCUGAGGGAAAUGGGACAGAUCUAUGAAGCCCAUGCAUCUCUGGCCAGGGAAAGUAAAGGAGAAAGUGAGGUGACCUUGUCUAACCUUCCAGAGCUCGUGGCAGAACAUAUGAUAUCGGGACACCCAAUGGAACUAAUGGAUGGUGAUGCAGCUCAUGUGCCACUGAUGUGGAUUAAUGGGGUUUUAGAUGAAGUUAUCAAGAAACUAGAAGAUCAGAGAGUCUUUGUUUUGUCCAUUUUGGGAAUCCAGAGCACUGGGAAAUCUACAAUGCUGAAUGCAAUGUUUGGACUGCAAUUCGCAGUGAGUGCUGGAAGGUGUACCAGAGGCGCUUUCAUGCAGCUGGUGAAAGUGACCGAGGAGAAUAAAGGUUACAUUAGGUUUGACUACGUUCUCGUUGUUGACACUGAGGGACGUCGAGCUUUAUAGUUGCCAGGAAAGGCAACAGUGCACCAUGACAAUGAACUUGCAACUUUUGUCAUUGGCCUUGGAAACAUGACUUUGAUCAACAUAUUUGGAGAGAAUCCUGCUGAGAUGCAGGACAUCAUUCAGAUAGCUGUUCAGGCCUUCGUGAGGAUGAAGACAGUUAAUCUGUCUCCAAGUUGUGUGUUUGUGCACCAGAAUGUUGGAGACAUCAUGGCUGGAGAGAAAAACAUGGAGGGAAAGAGGCGCUUACAUGACAAACUAGACGAGAUUACCCAGUUAGCUGCCAAAGAAGAGGACAGUAAUGCAGAGUGUUUCAGCGAUGUCAUUGCAUUUGACAUACAAAGAGAUGUGAAAUACUUUUCCCAGCUGUGGGAGGGAAGCCCACCCAUGGCCCCACCAAACUCAUGCUACAGUGAGAAUGUCCAGGAGCUAAAGAAAACGAUCCUCUCUAAAACAUCAAAGUCUUUUGGCAUGACAGUAUCACAGUUCAAAAGCAGUAUCCAAGACCUUUUGAAUGCACUGCUGAAUGAAAACGUUGUGUUCAGCUUCAAAAACACACUUGAAAUUGCAGUUUACAGAAAACUUGAGAUUCAGUAUGGAAAAUGGAUCUGGGCUCUCAGGAGUGCCAUGCUAACCAUUGAAAAUCAACUACAAAAUCGAAUCGAAAAUGGAAAACUUCACAAGGUUGAGAAACAUUACCUUGUUGAAGAAAUGAGAAAGACUCGUGAAGAAGUGGACAAAUCAAUGGAGAUGUACUUUGAUGAAGACAGAGAUAAAGAAAUGUUGAUUCAGUGGCGAGGGAGAUUUCAAACUAAAAUUUGUCAGCUUCUUGAUGAACUUGUGAAGGGCAAAAACAAGUUAGAGGAGGUUAUUCAGCAGAGGGAUGCACGCAAAACGCUGGAUGACAAAAAGACACAGUAUGAAAACAAGCUCUUCCAAAAGAGCAAAGAACUUGCCUCAAAACUGAAGGACAAGGCAAAGGAUAAAGAAGAACUUGAGAAUGAAUGUAAUACUCUUUGGGGAGUGUGGGUUGUUGAGUUGAAAGAAGAUACACCUUCCAUUAAGGACAUAAACAUAUCAGAUGAUGUGACUUGUAUCCUUGGAGAGAUCGGUAAUGAAUUGUCUCUUGUACAUGAUCGGAAAAGUUGCAGAAUGAAGUAA